CACUGCUCCGCGCUGCGCUUGCAGCCGGCGUGCAAGCGAGAGUGGCGGAGCGCCGGAGCCCGGAGAGACCACGUUGACUCCGCCGACUUAGUAUCCUCGCUGUUGUGGCAUCGGCUGGUCACGUUUCUCUCCUCAACCGGUCUGCAUUUUUAAUACUUUUGCGCGCACAUUGACAAACAUAUUAAUAAUUUACACUCACAACAUACUCUAACAAAAUUAAUCAACGAGUGAACAAAAAAAUCGAUUAUUUUGUUUAUAAAUAAAUCAUAUUUUUGUGUUGAUUACGAGUGUCGCCGGCAGUUUUCAAAAUUUCAGCCACCGUGGAGAAUCGUGGACCAGUCGGCGCAUUGGAGCCUACGUGCCCCAAAAGAAAAAAACUAGAUAUAGGACGCAAUGAUUUGGACAAAGAGCCUAAAGACUUAACUAAUCGUACAAUGUAUUCAAGCACUCAAAUCAAAAUGAGACUGAUGUCGCCCAGUAGUUCACCGGCUACGUCACCGACCAUGUCAAAUUCGUCUUCGCCGACGCCACCGGCACUGAGCUACAACAAAAUGACCGGCAUUCCUUGCGUCGCCGCCUCAUCCAGAUACACCGCGCCAGUGCAUAUCGAUGUCGGCGGCACCAUUUACACGUCCUCGCUGGAAACACUUACCAAAUAUCCAGAAUCCCGUCUGGCCAAACUGUUCAACGGCACGAUCCCAAUUGUUCUGGACUCACUGAAGCAGCACUACUUCAUUGACAGAGACGGCGGCAUGUUUCGACAUAUCCUCAACUUCAUGCGCAACUCACGGCUGUUCAUUCCUGAGAACUUCAACGACGUGGACCUACUACUAGAGGAAGCGCGCUACUUCGACAUCGGUCCAAUGGUACGUCAACUAGAACAGCUAAAGAAGGAAAAAAUCAAAAACGGCAUUGUGGCAGGCAGUGCAAAAUUGAACCGGCCGCCAAGUGCAACCCCCGACGCAUCAACCCGAGGAAGCGGCGGCGAGGCGUACGAGUGCGUCGCGCUGCACGUCAGUCCAGACCUAGGCGAACGCAUUAUGCUUUCAGGCGAUCGCACCGUGCUGGACGAGGUGUUCCCAGAGACCAACCAGGCGCUGAUGGACGCGCGCUCGGGCGUAUCGUGGAACCAGCAGGAUGUGCACCACGUGAUCCGGUUUCCGCUCAACGGCUACUGCAAACUCAACUCGGUGCAGGCGAUCACGCGGUUAUUGAAUUCCGGCUUCCGAAUCGCGGCCAGUAAUGGUGGCGGUGUCGAGGGCCAACAGUUCUCUGAAUACUUGUUCAUUCGGCGGGCCCUCCCGGGUUGAUUUAAUUGUGAUACGCGUAUACAUAUAUAUAUAUAACGAAUUCUAUUAGAGUAAGGACGGCGAGCGUUUGGAAACUUUUUGCUUCCGUUUCAUGGGCAUACUAUUACAUAAGAUACUAUCAAAUAUAUAUAAAUAAUUUAUAAUCAUUAAGUUUUAACAUGUUUUGUUAAUGAUUGUUGUACAUAUUUCGGUGCAUUUACACUUUGGCAAAUGGCUGCCGCGAUAAUGAUAGGUCCAUGCGUUGUAACGCACUGCUUCGGGGACGGAGUGCAUAAUACUGCAAUACAUUGUGUAAUAAAUCUUCAAUAAUUAUUGUUUCUUCUUAAUUGCAGAUUUAAGAUACUGAUAAUCGUGCUUUUCAUUAUGCAAACUAACUAAGGAGGCAUUGUGAAGUCAAGGUAAUUUUUUAUAUUGUCACACACCACAUUUACUCAAUUUUCAUUGUGAGGGUUUGGACGGUGAUGCGACAAUGGAUACAAUCGACUAGCCUAUGAAGAAAUGUUGCAUUGUCCACAUGUUCACUAACACUUAGCAAUAUGUAAUAUUCUGGAAUUGUAAAUUAUGUGAAAUACAAACACGAAAUAUGA